AUGGUGCCACUUGAUAAGGGGCCUCUUGAUAAAGUGCCUCUUGAUAUAGUGCCUCAUGAUAAGAGGCCACUUGAUAAGGGGCCACUUGAUAAGGAACCACUUGAUAAAGAGCCUUUUGAUAAGGGGCCACUUGAUAAGGUGCCCCUUGAUAAGGAGCCACUUCAUAUGGGGCCACUUGAUAAGGAGUCAUUUGAUAAGGGGCCACUUGAUAAGGGGCCACUUGAUAAGGGGCCACUUAAUAAGGUGCCACUUGAUAAGGGGCCACUUAAUAAGGUGCCACUUGAUAAGGAGCCACUUAAUAAGGGGCCACUUGAUAAGGGCCCACUUGAUAAGGGAUCACUUGAUAACGUGCCACAUGAUAAGGAGCCACUUGAUAAGGUGCUAUUUGAUAAAGAACCACUUGAUAAGAGGCCUCUUGAUAAAGGGACACUUGAUAAGGGGCAACUUGAUAAGGGUCCACUUAAUAAGGUGCCACUUGAUAAGGGGCCCCCUUGA